CUAAUUGUGUUGGUCAGUAUUUCAUAAGAACUAUAAACAAAGGAUUUCCAUCACAAUAUUUUGAUAAUAUUGAAGUUAGUUGUUCUUAUGUGAUUGUUAUCCUGCCCAUUAUCAUGCUUUUAGUGGAGUGAAAUAUGCACAAAGUUUGUCAAGAUGACCUUUGAAAUAAUUGACCAGAUAAUGUGGUGCCAGAAAACAUGUCUUCUGCCAUUGGCAGCAGAAGAGGAGGGAAGCCUCCGGUAGAGAUAUACCGGCCAGGAAGUGGUCCUCUGCGAAAGUCGGCUUUUGAUGAAGAAUUUUCCGAAGAUGGAGCCUCCUACAGAAGAGACAAAAGCGAUUCGGGUAGGGACAGGAGAGAUGUUUAUAAUAAUCUUACAGAUGAUUUCGACAGACUCAGUGUAUGUUCAAACAGUUCGCGUAAAGAUGGGAGAGGCAUGAGCCAAAAUCGCAGUGGAAGUAUUGGAAAUCUGAGUGAUGGGAGGAGACGAGCAAAAAAACCUGAAGUUCCAAUAUACAUUCCUCCCAAACCCUCGACACCCUCACAGAACAACCAGGAUACCAGAAGAUACAAGUCAAAAAACUAUAGUAACUCCCAGAGAAGUGAUUCAUUCAAACGAGAAGAUUCAUUCAAACAUGAAUGCGAUCAACCCAAGCAAGAGAAUGAUUCGUUCAGAAAAGAUGGUGGAGGCAGAGAUAUGAACAGCCAGUGGUCUGAUUCUAGAUCUUUUAGAGGGGAAUCCGAACCACCACAAAGAAGACCAAACGACAGGAAUAAAAAAACAAAGAAGCCCAAGAGACGAAACGGUAGGGGAGACAGUAAAGAAGAAACUGUUAGUCAAGUGAACGGAAAUAGAAAUGGAAAAAGUAUACCGUCAUUGUUGGACCUUAAAUUUACUCACAAUCCCUUGACGGGUUUACCGAAAGCCAGUAGUAAUUAUGAUAUAACAGGUUAUGAAACCAGUGGCUACACGACCACCGACGGGGAGAGUGAGAGGGACCCUUCGUGUUCACUCAGAAAUACAAAACCUUUGCCGAGCAGAAACAUGAGACAAGUUUCAGAGCCAAGGAGUCUACCUUUGCCUUCAGUUCAGACGGACAGUAGAGGCAGAGACACGAGAAGUGUGGAGCCCGGUGAAGAUGGCUCUUGGAGUCAAGAUAGGCCCAAUAUUAAACCACCUUCUGGGCCUUACGCAAGGAGGAAUAACAAACAAGUUCACUCCAAAAACAAACAGUAUCACCUCUCUUUUGAAUCACUCCCACCUCGCUUACAGAAAAAGUACAUGGAAGGGAAUGGGUUUCAGGAGCCUCCUUCACAUUACAUGAGCGCAGAAACAGAGAAGCCAUCCCUCGGUUCUAAUCCUGACCUGAGCUAUGGUGGGACUGACUCUGAACCCAGUUACGGUACUCCUACCCCGACCACACCAUCUAAUGUAAUAGCAGACACGAAACCAAAUUAUUCAGUAGUGAAUGCGACCUUUAUUGGAACAAAUUCAGAAGAUCCGUGGGAUGGUAGUUCUGUAACAUUUCAAGGUACAACUACCAAUUCGUUUUAUACAAAUGUUCCUCCACCUAUAAUAUUUUCGAGGCCUCCUCCACCAAUAAUUCGCUCCCAACUGCCUCCGCCGCCUUUGUGGUCUCAGACUCUCCCCCAUACCCGAGUUAGAGGGAGAGGACGUGUGCCUCAACACGAACUGGAAAGAGAAAGAAUUACCUUUGAAGAGGAAAGAAUGACAAGAUCCUUGACACCAGAUGCGCUCCGGGAAUCAGGCCUACACAGUGAGCCCGUUCCACUACAGGUGGAGUCACCGAAACAGGAUAUGAGCAAAAACAGGAGCUUUGAGGAACAGGAAAGUACAAAAAUUAAUCAGGAUGAUGUGGAUGUGAAACCACACAAAGAAGAAGGGAAGCCAUUGCCAGACUUAAAUAAGUUAGAAAUACCUGAGAACAUUAGCCCCAAUAACAAAAUGAAAAGUCCUGUACAACCCAAGUCUCCACAGGAUCUGACGUUCAAGAAAUCAUCGGGUACUGGAAUGAACUGGGCGGACGAGGUGGAGCUGAGCGAGAGACUGCAGGAGACACUGGAAGAAAAGGAGUCAGAAGACAACACGUACAAUCUUUCUAACAGCAACAUGUCACCUACCAGCCCACCCGCUAGCCAGCCCACCAAUACCCCACACAAGGACAAGGGCCGCCGAAGGAGGAAACGGAAGAGAGGAAGAGGGAACAACGAUAGGAGUAUUAGCAGGGAGCGUUACACAAAUGACAGAAGGAGUUCAGUAGACGUGGAAGAGCCGGUAUAUACCGCAUCAAGGAGCAGGAAGAACAGCGGAGAUGAUAAACACUGGCCUCGGAGCAGGAAGAACAGCGGAGAUGACAGACAGUGGCCCCGCAGCAGGAAGAACAGCGGGGACGAUAGAAAUUGGAGAAGAGAUGACCCGAGAGAACACUAUGACAACUAUCGAAAUCCCAAACAAGAACACAAAUUCAGCAGCAGAAAUAGCAGCUUGGAGAGGUGGACGACGGAAGAGUACCAGCACGUCAAUGGAAGUGAACGGAAGUAUACAGGGGGUGGUGGAGAGCGUUAUCGUAGAAACAGCGUCAAGAGCUACGCUAAUCCGACCAAUGACAGAUAUUUUACGCACCCAGGAAGGCGAAGAGGUAGCAGGGACUACAGUGGAGACAGACAAAGGGAGCAAGGGAAUCAGGAGGAGAACUGGAGAGAAGAGGCGAGGAGGCUGAACGGUCCAGCACCGGUAGAACAGAGAAAACCGCAGAAGCCGGCAGGUAUCUUGGUCCUGCCACCACAGAAGGAUGUGCCCAACCCCGGCCCUCACGUCCAGAGGCAGCUGUUUGAUCCCAGCAACCCUCAACGCCCUCUGAUAAUCAACACCCCUGUAGACGGCAGCAGGAUGGCCACAGGAUAUCCCCAACCUCAGUAUCUUCAGGGACAACAGGUCAUGUCACCAGAUGGCCACUUUGUGGUUCCCGUUGCACCCCCAGUCCACGUGCUACAAAACCCUAACCUGCUGAAAGAAGCAGAGUGUAUCGAUUAUGAACUAACCCACAUUCUGACAUCCAGUACCUGGUAUGAAUACCAUGAAGAGAUCACUAAAAGAAGGGCCAGACUGCAAGAAAUCAUGUGGCUAUUACUGACUACUGACAUAAAAUUCUGUGAGCAAGAGAACAUGGAGCAGUAUUUCUGGAAGAUCCUGUACUAUAACCUGCUGGAGUGGCUGCGGACUCAGAUGGCAGCUGUUCACCACAACAAAGACACAUUCAUGAAACCUCUACUGAACAUCAUAGAUGAGGGAAUGAAAUUCUUCGAGAAUACGUUGCGGGUGCUCGAGGAGACGUACAAGUUCCGACUGGAGGAGCGUUUAGCACAUGGUCACAGUUCGACUAAGAACAACCCUCAUCUUACAAUGGCGCUGAUGUCGGCGCAUAAGAUACUGCUCUUCCUGGGAGACCUUGCCCGGUACCGAGAACAGCUCCAGGACUCUGUCAACUACGCUACAGCCAGACAGUGGUAUAUCAAAGCUCACCAGUUACACCCGAAAAACGGACGACCUUUUCAUCAGUUGGCAAUAUUGGCUGUUUAUGCUAGACGUAAACUGGAGGCGCUGUACUACUAUAUGAGGAGCAUGACGGCUGUGCUGCCGGUCGUAUCUUCCAAGGAGUGCGUUCUUACACUGUUGGAUGAAAACCGCAAAAAGUUUGAGCUGAUGGAGAAGCAGAAGCAGGAGGAAAGGGAGGCGAGGAACAAGGAGAAGAUGAAGGAGAAGGAGUGUACGAGCCGGAGGGGAGUACAGUUGCGGCAGGAGGUCUGGAUACAUCCAGAGGGCGGCCGAAGGGUACAUAGAACCACAUCGACCGCUCAGGCUGACUACGACGACUCAGAAGCCGAGCUGGAGGCUCUGUCUCAUGUCAUUCUAACGAAGAGAUUUUCCAUGAGUUUCAUUCAUGUCCACGGAAAACUCUUCACCAAAGUUGGGAUGGAGAGCUUCCAGGGUGCAGCCCUGCAGAUGCUGAAGGAGUUCCGGGCGUUGCUGCAGCAUUCUCCACUGCCCCUGAACUCCACUCGGCUCCUACAACUCCUUGCUCUCAACAUGUUUGCCAUAGAGAACACCCAGCUCAAGAACAGCGAGCUAGCGCCAAACUACCGAUCUGCUAUGCAGGAAUCUGCACUAGUUAUCUCCCUGCAGAUGUUUGGUCUAAUCCUAGAAAGGACUGUGCAGCUGCUACGGGACCAACAAAACAAUUCAUACCCAUACCCGCUGAUUGUUGGUGAUGAUGUUCAGAUACUGCUGCCUGCCAUCAAGGUAUGGUGUGACUGGCUCUUGUGUCACAGUAGUGUCUGGAAUCCUCCACCAUCCUGUAAUGACUAUAGCGUCGGCCCUGCUGGUGAUGUAUGGGGACGGUUGGCAUCACUGGUAAACCUGCUGGAACGGCUCGACUGCCCGCAACAUCUGCUAUCAGAAAAGUGCCUUGAAGGCUAUGACCAAGUAAAGCUACCAGAGGAUGCUGUCUUGGCUGGGUUCGUGCCUCUCAUACUGCACAGCCCUGACCCGAUGUACACCAGUGUGGAGAAUAACAUGGAGGUGGCCUGCAUAUGUCUGCGUAUCCGGAAGAUCCUGUUCUGCGGUACUGUGUUCCUGUGUGGUGUUGACCCUCCAGUACUCAAACUGCACAAGAAUGAGACAGGCACCAGCGAGUAUAUAUCAGUCGUGGAGACUCCCAGCCCUCCGGCUCAGAGUGAUGGAGAGCUGUGCAUGGAGACGGUGAGCGGUAACGUGAGCGAGGACUCAGGUCAGGCAUCAGAGGACGAGGGGGAAGUAACAAGCGGAGGGGGAGGAGGGGAACUAGAGAGCCUACAGCAGCGCAAACAACAGCUGGAGCGGUCCCACCGGCGCCAAGAGAAACGAAGGCAGAAGUUCCAGAGCAUACUGCAGAACUCCCUGGUGAGCGUAGAGAUGGAGGUGAGGCCCCACUACCUCGUAGCGGACACAAACUGCUUCAUAGACUACCUGCCGCAGCUACAGACCAUCGCCCGGGCCUCCUCGCCGUCCCGCCCUCACCUCUACACCAUCAUGGUGCCCCUCGUUGUUCUGAACGAGUUGGAUGGCCUGGCGCACGGUCGUCGAGACUCUACUGCACGGCCCCAACACCUUGCCAUGGUAACCGAGUGCGCAGCGUCGGCUCUAGAGUUCCUGCGCAGCCGCUCCUCACCUGCCAUCCGCUGUGUCACCACCAAGGGCACAAUCCUCAACUCCACCACCUUCACCUCCGAGGAGGACUGUCAGGACAUGAAAAAUGAUGAUAAGAUUUUAGCAACUUGCUUGAAACUCUGUCACACAUCAAGUAAAGAAGAGCAAGCGGUAGAGGGACAACCGCGCAAGCUGACACGUGAUGUGGUGCUACUGACGGAGGACCGCAAUCUGCGUGUGAAAGCGAUGGCGCGCGACGUGCCAGUACGUGAAGUGCUGGACUUCAUGCAGUGGGCCGGACUGCUGGGGCCAGAGGUAGGCUGAGUCUGCACGCACGGACCAUGCUGCACUACUCAUCACACCACCAGACAUUGAAGAGUAUUUACACUCUGCUGGUGAGACAUUUGCAAACUGACUCGUCGUCUGCCGCUGAUGGGCCAACCAUCCAUGUAAUAAUAUCACUUUUUAGUUUUAGUCUCUAUUGAUCAAACUUUACUUUACUGAACGUUUUUAUUCAUUUAUGUGGAGUAUUUUUACUACCUAUUCUUUAAUUUAAUUUAAUUUGAAGUAAAAUUUUAAAUCAAAAUAAUAAAAAUAUUGUGUUUUUUCUAUAUUUUAGACAUGGAAAACCUUACUUGUUUUGAUAAUCUGAUUUAUUUAUCAAGCGAAUUUUAACUGGAUAACUAAAAUGUUUAGCAAUAAUUAUGUUUUCUUAUUGUUUACGUAUGAUGUUUUUUAUACAAAUUUUCAUUUGUUAAUUAUUGCAAGGGCCUGUUACAUAAACCGAUUCUUCUGUGUUUUGUGCCUUAUUAUUUUACAGUUACAAUUGUAUUAUAUGUGAAUAUUAUACAGAUAGAGGUUAUUAGCAGUGGCUAUGGGGUUUCUGCGGGCUGAUAUGCAUGAUUGCGUAUGUUACAAUUCCUAGUUUGAAGCAGCCUAAUGAAGUUUUAUUUAAGACUGAUAAUAACGUUAAAUGAUUAGAUUAUUUUUAAUGAACUUAAUGGUAUUUGUACUUUAAAAUUGAAAGAUUUGUAUGGUGACUGUGAGGGUAAAUUGUGAGGAAACCAGCAAGAUCCGCCUAAAUAGAGCAUUGGUAAGAGUCAUACACAUGAAUAAAUACAGUGAUGUUCUGCCAUUGUUCCUUAGAGUAGGUCACACUAAUGGUAGGCUAUGCACUGUUGGUAGUACAACUGUUCUCAGCCUACAGUGCUUAGCCUACCAUUAGAAUUUUUUACUUUCUAUUCUCUAACCUACUCUGAGGAAGCCAUUUGUAAUGGCUAAACAUCAGUGUUCAUUGUAUUUAUGCUACAUGUUAAUUUUCCAACUUUCCAAUGUUCCAUUUAGGUUGUUCUUUAUAGGCUUGUCUUAACCUUUCUACCUAGCCCCUGUCUAACCAAGGAUUAUUAUUAGUAAAUGUUGUACCCAAUUUUUUACUUCAAAGGUGCCAUUCAGGUUAUGUAAAAUAAUGUAUUUAAUGCAAAACUUAAAAAUCCAUUUUCAGAAUGAUAAGCAUCAUUUGAAAAUUGAAAAACCACCAGAAAUUGGUACACUAUAGAAUUUUGAUACUCGGGUAAGAAAUUCAACAUUGACUUUUCUACAUUUAUAGUAGCACUUAAAUAUAAUAAUGUCAACACCUUAUUUAUUAUACAUACAGCAUUGACUGCGCAAACAUGGAAUACAUGUAAGGUUUUUUAAUUUAUGUGGUUCUUAUGGAAUUAGUAAACAUUUCUAAAUUCUUAAAUAAUUGUACUGUUCAUGAAAAAUAUCUAUAUAUUUUGUUAUUGUGAUUCAAAAAUUUAAAUUAGACAAUAGACUGUUUAUUAUUAUUAUUAUUUUUAGUUAUUUUUACAGAAGAUACUUGUUGUAUUGUAGUGACAAAAAAAUAUUUAAGGAAAUUUUAAAGCACUUUAAUUUUAACAUCGAGCUUUUUCAAUGUUUUGCUGUACGUUUUAAGUUGGAAUUUAUAAAAAAGUGAAUAUAGGAAUAAAUAUAUUGCUUACAUUAGUAUACUAAAGGAGUUUGUUUGUAUUUUUUAUUAUUUGAGAAAUAAAUUUGGGUAACUUGUUUGGUAAUUACUGCUAGGUACAAGAAUUUUGUUAGCUUUUGUGGGAUGUACUUUUUAAAUAAUUUCAAAUGUCUUAUUUUUGUCCGGUUUAUUAUUUGUAUUUUUCCAACAUUGAAAGAAACAGAUAUGUGUUAUACUAUGAAACCGUUUUACUCAGAAAUAUUACUAAAUCAUUUAUAUUAAGCAAUUAGUCUCAUUGCAAUGUUCCAAUGUGUUGCAUAACUAUUAGUCUGAAAGUGCAUUUUGAAUUUAGAAAUUUAAAUACAGCAAUUUAGUACAUUCCAACAUUCAAAUAAAAUCACUAACUUGUGUUUUAUAUUUUGUACUUAAAAAAUUUGGUAAUGAAAUAUGUCGGUGUUACUGUAACAGAUAAGUAAUUUUGUUAGUAAAUGUUUUUCAUCACGAAUAAAAUUAUAGUAACGUAAGGAACCUUCUACUACAACAAUGUAAUAGAUUAACUAGUUGUCCUAACCCGUCCAUUUUUCCUGAUUUCUCAAAAAUAUUUUUUUUAAUCAUCAAAGUUACUUUAAUAGUAUACAAUAGUAUUUUGUUAUGUGUAGUUAUUUUUUUAUGACAUUGUGUGUUUUAAAAAUAGUAAUUUAAAAUUUUUACAUACAUAUUCAGUAUCUAAAGUUCAUUAAAAAAAUUCCAAAAUAUACAAUCAAUUAAUUAAAAUUGUACCUAGUUUCAGGAAAUAGAUAAAACCUACCUUUUGGGGUUAUUUAAAAAAAAUUUAAUCGUUAUAUCAAUACAUUCAGAAUUGAGGAUAUUUCUGAAAUUAUUUUGAAAUAAAUAUAUUUUUAAAUCAUUGAAAUAUUACAUUGAUACGUAAUAAAUUAGCAUAACAUGUCCAAAAAUCAAAUUGUGUAUUAAAAUUAUAUGUGUAUGUGUCAAUCCCAUAUGUUUAAAAUGUGUUUGUAUGACAAUUUUGCAUUUAGAAAAUUGGAAAAAUGUUUAAAAGUAGAUUGUUUUACUUAUUAAUUUUUUUUUAAUAGUUUUAUGUAGUAAUACUGAAAAUAACAAUUAGCAAUUUAAUUAGAUUUUGGUAACAAUAACGAGGAUGAAAAGUCUAUUGCGUCAACCUUCCUCGUCCAAUAUUACUGUCAAAGUUAGUUUCAGUAUUGGAAAGAUAUUUAGCUGGAUAUCUAAUCCAUAGAUUGAUUUACCCACUACCUCAGAGCCACCAUUACUUUAAUCGUUAAUAUAUUAAGGUCCUAUUUCAUGGAGAUGUUUGACUGUUGUUAAAUGGUCAUCAUUUGUCAGGUAUAAAAAGGUCAUGUAAGUAGCCUUCCUUUUGAUGAAAAAAUUUUGGUAAAUAAAUCACUCGAUGGGAUAUUUAAUUGUAAACAAAUGAUUCUAAUUAAUACAACUUUUUAAUGUUCCUUCCUGUUGUUUGUUAACUCAGAGAAAAUAUUUUAUUUAUUUAAAUUCACCUUCAAGCCGUUUAUAACCUGGUGACACAGGAAGUGUUUUCUUCAAGUAAUGAAAGAGGGAAUAAACUGAUUGAUUUUUUUUAUACUACUCAAAAGUAUUGGCUAUUGUUUAUAAGCGUAAUAACCAUCUCUGACUAGUUUUAAUUGUUUUGCAGUAUUUAUUUAAGUAGACAAUUAUUGUCAUUAGUAUGAUUAUUAUUUAUAGAAGAAAUUUCUUAUAAACUGUGGAAUAAAAUGCAAUUCACAAAACUUUUGUCAUAUUUUAUUAAUAAAAUAAAAUAAAAAUUUUUAUAGUAAUAAUUUUUAUAAAAAUAAUAAUAAAAUCAAGAAAUAGUUCUUUUAUAUUUUUGUAUUUAUUUAUCAUUUGUAAUUAAAAUAUAACACUAAAAACUAUUCUUAUAGUUCAAUCAUAAUAAAUGGUUCAUGUUUUGUAUGUUUAACUAAAUAAACAAUAUAUAUUACAUCUGUUGUUCAAAAUAUGUUUUUUGUAUUAUAUAACAAUAACAUUAUACAUUGCAUAGUUUUGUAAUAAAGAAUGGUGUUUAUAAAUGAUCAAAACUAGUGUAACUGUUUCGAGGUGUCUUAUUUAAAAUAUUUAAGAAGCGUGCAUUACAAAUAUUAUCAGCUGGCGUUAUCAUUUCUGGGAUACUGUACAAAUGUUGUUGAAUAAAUUGUACAUUGAUAACACUAAAAGAAUUAACAUCUGUACACAGCCUCUGCACUUUUAAAUAUGAGUAUUUUAUGUGUUUAUAAGUUUAAAUGUUAUCAACGUUUAACCCCGUCAAAGCAAUACGUUAUAUUAGUGACGUUUAUUCAAUGGAACGUAAGUACAAAAGGCCCAGGCCUCUCGAAAUUGAAAGCAAAUAUUAAAACAAUAUCAAUUAAGUGUUAGCCUUAGAUAAAUAUCAAUGCCCGAUAGCCAUGUUUUAUUGGAGACACUUUGCAAUUGCGUGUUUGAACGGUCAACACACAGAGCCUCGUUGUUAGCCGCGUGUUAAAGCGUAAUAAAUCGGCUUACACUGAGUGACUUCUGUGCUAAAAAGAGAUCACGAUAAGAGUUUUUUGUGAUACAAGUAGGACAAUUUUACAGAAUUCUACAUGGUUUGAACGCUUUAUCAGAUACUAGACACAAUAAUCAAUAUAGCUUUCGUACUUUUACAAGUUAGUUACGAGUUCAAUACGAUGUCAAGGGAACUUAAUUAACCCUGAGGCUUGCAUGCACUGUAGCGUUAGUUUGACUUGAAAGAUUGUAAAAUCACCUGCUAAGCAAAGAACAAAGUGUUUUAUUUACACAAUUUUAUCUGAAAUGUGAUGUACAAUACAGCAUUUAAAAAAUGUGCUGUACAAUUGUGGAUGUUGUUAGAUUCAUUUCUUUAGAGCAAUUUUUCAAUGCAGUGGUAAACGCUUAAUAUUGUAACAUUUCAAAAUACAAACCAUCCUGUUUUUUUAUGGAACUAGAACUCUAUUUUUAUGCUCACAAAUAAAAUUAACAGCUGUUUCGAGAGCUGCAGCUGAGUUGUAAAAAUAGUCUUUGGGCAAUAACUAAAAUAAUUGUAUGUAUUAAAGUAAAUAAAUCAAAAUAAAACACGGAAUAGUGUAAUUAAAGCGUUUAGUUUGUGAUAACCAAUGCCUAGAUUAAUUAUAUGAAUGAAAGUAAAUAAAUAAAACAGAUGUAGGAAAUGAAUUGUGAAUCAUGAUUGACAGUUAUCAAUGACAUAAGCUCUGUGGAAAAUCAAGACUUAGUCAGUUUCAGGGUUAACAUAGCAUAUACAUUUCUAUCUUCUACUUCUCUAUAAAUAACAGCUUUUUUAUCGAUAUUUAAAAUAAGUUACAUAAUUAUUGAAUAUAGAAUAAUUGUCAAUUUGUUGUAAAAUUUACGUUAUGCACUUUUUAUGUAAUUUAUUGUUUGUUAGGCUUUAGCCUUAUAUUUUAAAACAGUUGUCAGUUAAGUUUUUACAUUUUCGUUAUGCCUUGUUGAUGUUAAAUAUUUAUUCAAAACGCAUGUACUAGUAUAAUUACCAACUGAAUUUUUGUUAUUUAAAAAAUUUAUAUUUUAAUUUGAAAUUGCAUGUUGAUAUGAAAAUUGAAUUUUUCCAUCAAGUGGUUUUUAAUUUUUUUAGAUUUAAAAGAUAAGUAUCUAUUGUUGAAAAUUUGAUCAUGUAGAUUAAUUAAUAUUAAUAUUUCUUUUAAGUAAUGUUAUUAGUGUAAUUUACCAUAAAUAGGACUAAAAUGGUUUAAUAUAAGUAGAGUUAUUGUGGUGGCAGAAUUGAUCGUGCCUGUGUACACAAGGUAUUUCAUAGCCAAUGAAGGUUUAAACUUCCCUGUAAGAGCAUGCUUAGUUGCCCCCACGUUGUGGCCGCCGUUGCGUCCUUCACUUUAUCAGUUGUUGAGCACUGGAUAUAUUUUAUUAUGUACAAAUAAUCUGUUACGUGUACAAAUUAUAAUUAUUGUUAAGCAUCGAAAGUGGAGUUAGCAGUAAAAUAAAUGUAGUUUUAUAGAAUUUGUAAUAUUUUUAAACAAUCAAACAAUACACGAAUCGUGAUAACAUUGUAGCGUAGUUAAAUUAAUGUUUAUUUUUCAUCCUAGUUGAGUUAGUGUAAAUGCAUGAUCUCGAAUUUUAUUUAUAUUUUAGUUACAUAUUCUAGUUUGGAAACGUUAAGGUGCAAAUCAAAUAAAAAGAUUGAUGUUUAGUUUAGUUUUGUUUACGUUUUUAUUUCAGAUUCUCUCAGGUUGAACGUUUUGUACUUACGUGUUGAAACCAGAUCUAGAUACUGCCUUCACUGACACUUGUAAUAAAGGAAUGAACUAGAUGUAAA